AUGGGAGACCAACCACACCCGCUACCAAAUACUGGCCAGGGGUCCUCAGAAUUAGACGGCUGCCCAUUCACCUUUCACUGCUCUCCACCUAGCUCAAGUGGCGAGAGCUGCAUUGAACCCGAUCCCCAGGCCGAAAGCAUGAUGGACUCGUCUAUGUCAUUAACCGAAAGCGUUUACAAUUUUCCGCGCCUUUUUGGCCGUACCUAUCACGCAUAUAGAGAAGGAUCGUAUGCUUUUCCCAACGAUAAACCAGAGAUAGAACGGUUGGCUUUGCAAGAUGCGAUAUUCAUGAAAAUCAUGAACAACAGGCUCUAUUUUGCACCGCUAAAUGACCAACCUCCCAAGCGAGUUUUGGACAUUGCUACUGGUGCAGGGGACUGGGCCAUUGCAAUGGGCGAUCGUUUCCCAAAUGCAAAAGUCAUGGCUACAGACCUGUCGCCAAUUCAGCCAGAGACUGUCCCUGAAAAUGUCGAAUUUUAUGUGGAAGAUUCGUCCGAACCAUGGGACUAUAGUGAAUCUUUCGACUACAUUCAUACCAAGACGACGGGUGCGUGUUGGGAGUCGUUCGAGACUCAGAUUGCCCAACAGGCCUUUGAUACGCUGACGCCCGGCGGAUGGCUCGAGUCUCAGGAGAUUCUUCCCGUACCACACUGCGACGAUGGGACUCUCAAGCCAGACAGUGCACUGGGGUUAUGGUUUCGUGACUUUUUAAACGCUGCGGCUGAGGCUCGGCGACCGGUGACAGAAGCAUGCAACCUUCGAAGCAUAUAUGAGCGCGUGGGUUUCGUUGAUAUCCAUGAGCGUGUUUACAAGAUCCCACUGAACGGAUGGGCCAAAGAUGCAAAGCUAAAGGAAGUUGGUAAGAUGAUGGAGCUGAACAUGCAGAUGGGGCUGAGUGCCUUCUCGCUGGGCCUGUUUAGCCGCAUCUAUGGGCAAACGCCCGAACAGAUUGAGGUAUCGCUUGUUGAGGUUCGACGAGACGUAUCCGAUCCAUCGAUCCACGCCUAUCUGCCUUUUUAUGUCGUCUGGGGUAGAAAGCCAUUCCCAGGUCAAAUAUAA